CUAAAAUUCCCACUUGUCCAUCAUGUUCUCGGUUUGGGCUCGCGGCAGUGUUUGGACCCAGACAAUGGUGAGGACGGCCAUGCGGUGGAGCAGCUCGAGUGCGCCGCCGCCACCGCCGCCCACAUCUCCACCAACGCCGACCACCAGCAUCGACAGCAUUCCGCAAACAGCAGCAGGGGAUGCCAGUCGCGAUCCGGUGUCUGCAGGCGGCGGUGCCUCGCCUGGCGGGGCUGUUCCAGAGCGAAAGCGCUUCUACCGCAGUGUCACAGUCAGCGCAGCUCCCGCAACCGCUCCUGCGCCUGGAUUUGUCAUCAAGCUCGAUGACCGGCAGCUGCGGACUCCGGCUCGAUCGCUGCUCGUUUUGCCAACCAAGGCCCUUGCGGUCGGCGUGGCAGGCGAGUGGGACUCGCAGCGCCCGACCAUCAAGCCUCACCUGAUGCCGUUGACGGCGCUGUCGAACACUGCAACCGAUCCGCACCGUCAGCGUGAUCGCAAUCAACGCGUGGAAGACUUGCUACGCUUUUUGGCGACAGACACUGUGUGCUGCCGUACGCCCGACCCAGCUGCAUUCCAGGAAAUGCAGUCGACGCAUUGGGAUCCGCUGGUGCACUGGUUUACCAAGCGCUUUGGUGUUGAGUUGAAUGUCAGCGAGGAUUUGUUUGGCGGUGUCCAUCCCGAGGCUACCACGGAUCGCAUGCGCGACGUGCUCAAGAACAUGAACGAAUGGACGUUUACAGGUCUGGAGACGGCAACGCUAACCGCAAAGUCCAUGGUCAUUGCCGCGGCGCUUGGCGGAGGUUACAUUGACGCAAACCAGGCGACCAUUUGCGCCCAUCUCGAGGAAGAGUUCCAGACUGAACGCUGGGGCAAGGUGGAAUGGGGCCACGGCAUGCGCCACGCCGAUACACGCAUGACUUUGGCCGCUGCUGGCCUGUUUAUGCGACUUGCAACUGAGAACGCACGAUUGUUGUAAUGGGGUUGUUGUCAUGGGGUUGUUGGGGGGGGGGUAAUAAUUUACUCAUUAAGGUUGUUAAAAAUAAACAUGAAUCAGAAACGA